GGAAGUGGAAAGCGAAGGAGGUGGCUGAGGCGGCUCCGGAGGUUCAGGACUCGGAGUCGGUGCCUCCAGGUGCCAUGGGCUGGGCUGGCCCGCGCUGAAGGCGACGCAGAGCGCUGAAAGGGACGCGGGGCUGGGCCAUGGCCGGCGCUCGGGCCGCCGCCGCCGCCUCGGCGGGGUCCUCGGCUUCUUCAGGCACCCCACAGCCGCAGGAGCCAGGGCUCGGGGAGCUGCUGGAGGAGUUCUCCCGGACUCAGUACCGGGCCAAGGACUGCAGCGGGACGGGAGGCUCUAAGGUUGAGCGCAUUGAGAAGAGGUGUCUGGAGCUGUUUGGCCGAGACUACUGUUACAGCGUGAUCCAAAAUGUGAAUGGGGAUAUCUGCGGCCACUACCCCCAGCACAUCGUGUUCCUGGAGUAUGAGAGUUCUGAGAAGGAGAAAGACACAGAGCAAGUGGGAGGUAUACUUUGUAGACAUGUGGAAGGGCACUUACAGUUUCAGAGCACCGUGCAGGUGAGCAAGUUGCAGGACCUCGUCAACCGCAGCAAGACGGCCAGGUGCAGAGGACGGUUUGUCUGCCCAGUGAUCCUGUUCAAGGGCAAGCAUAUUUGCAGGUCGGCGACGCUGGCUGGAUGGGGGGAGCUGUAUGGACGCACUGGCUACAACUAUAUUUUCUCAGGGGGUGCAGACGACGCCUGGGCAGAUGCAGAGGAUGUCACGGAGGAGGACUGUGCGCUUCGAAGUUCCGACACGCAUCUUUUUGAUAAGGUCAGAGGGUAUGACAUCAAGCUGCUCCGGUACCUGUCAGUGAAAUACAUCUGUGACCUGAUGGUGGAGAACAAGAAGGUGAAGUUUGGCAUGAAUGUCACCUCCUCUGAGAAGGUGGACAAAGCCCAGCGCUAUGCCGACUUCACUCUCCUCUCCAUCCCGUAUCCAGGCUGUGAAUUUUUCAAGGAAUAUAAGGAUCGGGAUUACAUGGCUGAAGGGCUCAUCUUUAACUGGAAGCAGGACUACGUUGAUGCCCCUCUGAGCAUCCCCGACUUCCUGACUUGCUCUCUGAACAUUGACUGGAGCCAGUAUCAGAGUUGGGAUCUGGUGCAACAAACACAAAACUACCUGAAACUGCUGCUUUCCAUAAUUAACAGUGACGAUGACAGCGGACUGCUGGUACACUGUAUCUCAGGCUGGGACCGGACGCCCCUCUUCAUCUCUCUCCUGCGCCUUUCCUUGUGGGCUGACGGGCUCAUCCACGCGUCCCUGAAGCCCGCUGAGAUCCUCUACCUAACGGUAGCCUACGACUGGUUCCUCUUCGGGCACAUGUUGGUAGAUCGACUCAGCAAAGGAGAGGAGAUUUUCUUCUUCUGCUUCAAUUUUUUGAAGCAUAUCAUCUCUGAGGAGUUCUCUGCUCUGAAGAUACAGAGGAGGAAGAGUUUGCCAGCCCGGGAUGCAGGCUUCACUGUGGAAGAUAUCUGCAUGCUGAGGCGGAAGGAUCGUGGCAGCACCACCAGCCUUGGCAGUGACUUCUCUCUGGUCAUGGAGAGCUCCCCAGGAGCCGCCGGGAGCUUCACCUAUGAGACCGUGGAGCUGGUCCCUGCAGGAGCACAGACUCAGGCAGCUUGGAGGAAGAGCCACUCAUCCUCUCCACAGAGUGUGCUCUGGAACCGGCCGCAGCUCUCAGAGGACCGCCUGCCUUCCCACCAGGGGCUGGUGGAAGCCAAGUCCUCCAGCUCCUCGUCCUCGAACCAUUCUGACAACUUUUUCAGGCUGGGUAGCAGUCCCCUGGAGGUCCCCAAGCCCAGAUCAGUGGACCAUCCCCUGCCCGGAUCCUCUCUCUCCACAGACUUUGGCAGCUGGCAGAUGGUAACAGGCUGUGGCAGUAUUCAGGAACGGGCUGCCCUGCACACAGACUCCUCUCUCCCUUUCAGCUUCCCGGAUGAGCUCCCUAACAAUUGUCUGCUUACAGCCCUGAGUGAACGGGAGACUCGGCUACAGGAGGUGCGCUCAGCCUUCUUGGCUGCCUACAGCAGCACAGUGGGGCUUCGGGCAGCAGCCCCCAGUCCCUCUGGUGCCAUCGGCCUGCUGGAGCAGUUUGUCCGUGGUGUUGGACUCCGGGGCACCAGCAGCAGCACCUUAUGAAGCAGCCAGCUCAUGACAGCUUCCUGCUCCUCUCUCACCUGAGCCCUAAGCGGAAUCAAAGCCGUGCCCAGCCAAGGGGUGCUUCAAGGUGGGGGGAAAUCUCCCCUUCUCCAUCAUGCACAUGGCAGCCCCAAGGCUGAGCAGGGCCAAGGACGGGGUUCUCCCCCACCCCAGCUUCCUGACUGGUGUCCGCCACCCUACUUGUCACUGCCUCCCACCCACCUUAGUCUUUGCCAGGAUUCCUGUCAACUCUCAGAACUAUGUGGGGUUUCCCUGGGGCCUUGUGGAGGCCGAGACUUCACAAAAGACCCCCACUUUCCAUUCUCGUCUCCUGGGGAGGAGGAGUCACCCGCACUGAGAAUGAGGCAGUUUGACACAGAUCACAAAAUGAAAUCAAAGCCUUUUUGAACAGCUACUCUAUCGCAUUAUCAUUUG